AUGAAUGAGGAUAAAGCGAAUUAUGCUAGUGCAAUGUUGACAGAGCGUGCACUCACUUGGUGGGAUGCAACUUUUGAAUCCCUGACUGAAAAUGAACGAGAAAGCUUGACCUGGGAGUCUUUCAAGACUCGUUUCCUUGAGCAAUUUUGUCCGAUCGACUUGCAACGAAGGCUUGAGAAAGAAUUCUUGGAACUCAAGCAAGGGAACAUGUCUGUGAUUGAAUAUGAGACUCAAUUUAAUCAGCAUUUUCUUGAUGGUCUGAGGAGAGAAAUCCGGGAGUUUGUUGUUAAUCGUGAUAUUCCGAGUUUCAAUAAAGUUGUGGAGUAUGCUCGUCGCCGUGAAUACGAUUUAAUGAAAUUUGAGGAACCAACUUCUGAAUCAAAAAGGCAACAAACUGAAAGAACCUUCUCUGUACCUACUCAGCGACAAUCUCGAUCUUUCACUCCUAGAAGGAGUCAAUCUCAAAAUAUUCCGCGUGCCCAAUCACAAGUCUAUUCACUUCAAUCUAAUGCAUCAGGUCCUUGUCAAAGAUGUGGCAAAACUCACCAAGGGCGAUGCCUUACUGAAACAACAAACUUGAAAUGUUUUUGCUGUGGGGAAAUGGGUCACGUUCGUGUAAACUGCCCAAAAAGAAAUCGAGCAUGUUAUUCUUGUGGAGUAUUUGGGCACCGACAAUUUGAAUGCCCCCGUAUGAGGGGGGAAAAAAGUAAGGCGUCAAUGCAGCAACCGGCAGUGGGUGGUGCUUCAAGUCAAAAGGAGGAGAUACCAAAAGCACGAGCUCGAGCUUUUCAGAUUACCGCGGAGGAGGCUUGCAAUGUGGCAGACGUCAUUAUUGGUAUUUUCUUUGUUAACUCUAGACCUGCUUGUAUCUUGUUCGAUUCUGGAGCUACAAAUUCUUUUGUGUCGCAUGUCUAUGUUCGUUAUUUAGAAUCUAUGCCACUUAUGUUUUCUAUACCAUUUACCGUUGAUACUGCUAAUGGAUUCACUUUGGUAGCUGAUAGAGUGUUUAGAAACUGCACUUUAGUGUUAGACGAAUAUGACUUUUUAGUAGAUUUGAUUCCUAUGGAUAUCCGUGGUUUCGAUGUCGUGAUUGGUGACUUGAAGGUAAUAUAUAUGCUUAAAGCACGACGUUAUAUUGCUAAGGGUUGCUCUUCUUUCAUGGCAUAUGUUUUGGAUGCAACCAAAGAAAUGAAGAAAACUGUAAAAGAUGUACCAAUUGUGUGUGAAUUUCAAGAUGUUUUCCCUGACGACUUGCCUGGGGUACCGCCGGAUAAGCAAGUAGAAUUCCGUAUUGAUUUAGUGUCGGGUGCUGCACCUAUUGCGAAGGCACCUUAUCGCCUCGCACCAACCGAGAUGGAAGAGAUGAUGACCUUUAUGGAUAUGAUGAACCGAGUGUGUUGUCCUAUGCUUGAUAAGUCUGUUAUUGUUUUCAUCGAUGACAUUCUGGUGCAAUUCUUGGGGCAUGUGAUUUCUGGCAAUGGCAUUUCUGUGGAACCAUCCAAGAUUGAAGCUAUACAUAAGUGGGAGCAACCCAAGAAUGCUUCUGAAGUUCGUAGUUUUCUUGGUUUAGCGGGUCACUAUCGUCGAUUCAUACAGGAUUUCUCAAAGAUUGCAGUACCGCUUACUUCACUUACUCGCAAAGAAGUGAAGUUUGUAUGGACUAAAGCUCAAGAGAAUGCAUUUCAGACUUUGAAGGAUUGUUUAACUCAUACACCGAUACUUGCUUUACCCGAGGGCAAUGAUGACUUUGUAGUAUAUAGUGAUGCUUCUAAAUUAGGUUUGGGAUGUGUGUUGAUGCAGCGAGGCAAAGUAAUUGCAUACGCCUCUCGACAAUUGAAAGAAUAUGAGAAGAAUUACCCCACUCAUGAUCUUGAAUUGGCAACCAUUGUGUUUGCUCUUAAAAUUUGGAGACAUUAUCUCUAUGGCACAAAGUGUCAGUUGUUCAUUGAUCACAAGAGUUUGAAAUAUAUUUUCGACCAACAGACUCUGAAUAUGCGUCAACAGAAAGCUAUGGAAUUGAUCAAAGAUUACGAUUGUGAAAUUCUAUACCAUCCUGGUAAAGCCAAUGUAGUGGCAGAUGCGUUGAGUCGGAAGCCACACGGGACCARUAUUUGCUAUGCUAUCACUCAUGURUCARUGAAGUCUACUMUUAUCGAUGAUCUUCAUAGGUGGCAAAUCGAGGCAUUAAAUCCAGAACACCUGAAGUUCGAACGUAUGGUUGGUUAUGUAGACUCUUUAUCUUAA